CGCCUCCCUGCGUGGACCGGGAACAAAACAAAAAAAUAACUUUUUCAUCCUCACCAAACGACGUCUAUCGGCUUCCCAUAUAAUAGACUUUUUUACAUUUUUUUAAAGCAACAGCCAUGGGAGAAAUGACAGCACCAAAGAGCUACUCAGAGGUUAUAAGUCAGAUAUUACAGGAGGCGCCAGCAGCCAGGAGAAAUCUGGUUGACAACCAGAGCAACCUUCUCCGAGUGGCAGAGUACUGCGAGAACAACUACCUCCAGGCGGAUGACCCGACCAAAGCUGUGGAGGAGACUAAGGCUCUGACCACCCAGGCUUUAGCCAGUGUCACCUACCAGAUCAACAGCGUGGCCAGCUUGGUGCUCAGGCUGCUGGACUCCCAGGCCAUGCAGAUCAAAGAUAUGGAGUCUUCCGUCAACCUGCUGUCACUGGCUGCUGCGAUCCACUUUGAGAAUGUGGCAAGGAGGGAGAUUGGUGUCUUAACCAAACCCAAAGACAAGACCCGAUCCAAACCCAUGGCCCCACCCCCAUCAGGCAUUGAGCAGGAGAUGGGUUACAUGAGAACUCCGAUAUCAUACGCCAUCUUGGACACCGUUGGACACUAUUUCCAGGUCAAAGGGCAGGAGCCCAGCAAGAACACACAGACCAUGGAGAAGACGGAGAAAGCUGAAGAACACUUGGUGUCGGCCCACGGCAUCGCCGUACCUCUGCCCUCUGUUCCCACCAAGCCCACAGUUAACAGCCUGCCUCCCCCUCCUCCACCUGCUUCUGCCACAAACCUGCCUUCUCCUCCUUCCUCGAUGGACUUUGGCCUCCCUCCUCCACCCUCCUUUCCAUCUCCCUUCAAUCUCCCCCAACCCCCUCCUCCACCGGCCAUUGGCCUGUCAGACAACAGCUUCCUGCCACCCCCUCCACCUCCUGCUGGCAGCAACACCGGUCUACCUCCUCCUCCUCCUCCUCCUCCUCCUCUUCCUCCUCCACCUCCUCCUCCUCCUCUUCCUCCAGCCAGUAGUGUACCACCACCACCCCCCCCUCCCCCACCACCUCUCUUCUAGAUGGUAGAUUGUGUCACUCAGGGUUCUGCUAACUUUGAAGCAGAACCAAAAGAAAGCAUCUUUCUGUGUGUGUGUGUGUGUAGGUGUGUGUUUGAACCCUGAGCUGUUUCAUCUGUGAUUAAUGCCAAAGUGCUAGCCCGAAGUGACAUUUUCUGGUUUAGAAAAUUCCUCCUUCAGCAUUCUGUGAGUACAGAAGGUGAGCGGCGCGGAUCGUCCCAGCGUGUCCCAGCAGGGCCUCCACCGCAUUCCUUCAAAACAAGCUGAAACAGGAAUUCCUGGCUUCCUGUCAUCAGCUCUCCCAUCACUUUUUCCUCUUCCCCAUAACGUCCGUGCCUCAUCAUAAUGAGGGUUGCUUCAAACUGCAGCGGUCUGCGGCUCAACCCCGGCAGCGGUCACUUUCCUGUCUGGUCAACGUGAUUCUAAGUCUCUAACACUGGCAGCUUUGACCUCAGUGUGCUCUGCGUCUUUAAACAGGCCACUGAGGGUGUGAACUGUCUGCUGCAAGUCAUAUUUAAAACCUCUAUAAUUAAGUGCAUUUACUGUACCUGGUGGCGUCAGUUACACUGAACUGUACAAAUAAAGAUCUAGAUGCAGAUAAAUAUGAAGGGGAACUUUUAAAGUAUGUUGGUUUUAAGUUAAAUCAAUUUAAUCUGAGAGAAAAUGAAUUGAAUUCAGCUGCCCGAGAAAAAAUUAGUUUUUUUUUUAAAGUUUCAGAUUUGAGGAGUUUUUUUUAGAAUGAUUUUUUAGAACAAUACUUUUGUUCAGUUUUUUGAGGAUAUUUUGCUGUGUUACUACCACAAAAAUCCAUGUGCAGUGCUAUGUGCAAACUGAAUGACAGUGAAUAUGUUUUUAAACAGUUUUUGCAGACAGAAAUCAGCUGAGUGAGUCGGUCCGUCACUCCAGGUUUGUCUCCAUUUGCAUGACGACAAACUGAACAGCCUGCCGACUCUUCCUGAUAAAAUGACUUCAAUUCACCCAGAUUUAGUGAAGCGUUUCUGCAAAAGAGAAAGUUUUUAUAUUUUAAUUUUGCUUCUCAAUUUCAUUUAGCUCUGUACUUUGAUUGCAGGUCAGCGACACUCAGUCACAUUUUCUUCUUCUGUUUACCUCAAAGAGUUGAAGUAUUUUCCCAGCAGGGAAUCAAUUCUCCCUCAUGUUAGGAUUCCUGUUUGGAGCUUAUUGCUCACGCUUCACUCUCCAUAAUCCAAAAAAAUGAAAGAAAUUGCUUUGUUUUGGUGAUGAAAAAGUUUAAAAAAUAUGCAUAAAUUAUCUCAAGUUCAGCUUAUCUUUUUAGAGCCUUCACACCAGUAUUACACUGAUCUGAGUAGAGCGUAGUUAAAGUUCUCUCUUCUUGAUGAUUCCUCUAAAUAGGAAUCAACAUGUGUUUUUAUGUGUUUUAAAAUGUCCAGAUGUGUUGACAGUUUUGUUUAUCCCAGAACAAACUUCCAUGUUUAAAUUUUUAUAUAGAUUUUAUGUGACAAUGCAAAGAACUGACUUUGUUUUGUAAAGUGGAAAAAAUAUAUAUAUUUCGUCCAUCUUUAUGUUUUAAAAACUUUUA